AUGCAUCAGGAGAUGGGGAAUAAUUCGCUACUGAACAGCACAAUCGAAUCACAUUUUACGUGGCUACAUAUAACAGAAUACACCAUAUUCACAGUUGUGUUUGUCAUUAGUGUGGUGGGCAAUGUUCUCGUCUGCCUGGUCAUAUUUAAUACACCUCGAAUGCGAACAACCCGAAAUUAUCUGCUGGUGAACUUAGCCGUGUCUGAUUUGACGGUGGUGUUGCUUUGUAUUCCGUUUGAUGUUGUUCUGAAGGUAGCGCAGCCCUACUGGCCAUUGGGAGCUGCCAUGUGCAAUAUUCUGUGGCCUGCCAUGACUUUAGUGACUAACUGCUCAUCCUUCACGCUCGCCGCGAUAAGCUUGGACAGGUAGGACUAACUGCCUAAUUACCUCAAGUAACAUCCCGAAAAGUAUGUUGCAAAGUGCCUCAUUUCAGGGCAAAAAUGUCAAGCGUUGUAAUUUAUGUCAGAGAUGAGUAUAAUUGAUUUCUUUUUUUAAAUUUGAGCUUGUGUAAAUCAUGGCUGUUUCUUCCUUAUCAUUUUUUUUUUCUACUGAAUGCACGUCUCUAAAUAAAAGUGUUGAAAGUAGUUUAAAAACUCUUGAAAGUCAUAAUCUUGAAAACGCGUUCCGAUUAUAGUGUUUCUUUAACUUAUGUUAACUAUAUUUGCAGUUUUGCCCUCGAAUCAAACACUUGUGAAAUUUUUAAGUACUUUUAUAUUGGCAACGUUUUUGACCAUUUUUAUAUGUCACUACUUGUCCUACUCGAUAACAGCGUUCAUAAUGCAAAUUCCCGAUUAGAAUAUGAUUCCAAAAAGCCCAUACCAUUUUUUUAAAAGAAAUCAUUUUGACAGCUAAAUUACAAACAAAGAACAAGUUAUUGUUUAAGCUGGAAACAAAAAUGGAUAUUUUUUCCUGUAUAAGUAGGAAAAUACUUCCUGGAUGAAUGGCGUCAUCACGUCAGGAUGAAUGCAUUUCAAGAUUAUUAAUAAUCACCUUUUGAUUUUGACAGUUUCAAUGCAAUCAAUUCGUUCGAGAUAUUGCAGCUUUUGAAACUAAGUGGGACCACACUUUCUGUCAAUUGCAUUUUAAAAAUGAUGUUGGGAAUUAUUUUUAAGAGCUACUUUCUCACUUGAUUCUCAGAUAUCGCGCUGUUGUACAUCCCUGGAAGCCCCGUUUUUCCUCAUUCCAGACAGCUGUAAUCGCCGCCUCUACGUGGUCUCUGUCAUUCAUCCUUGUGCUGCCAUACGCACUGGUGCUUAAAAUUCAAAACGGUUACUGCGACGAGGACUGGCCACACCCUGACGCUGUCAAGGCGUACACGAUGGGUUUAUUCGUCUUCCAAUAUGCACUACCGCUUCUAGUUAUCACUUGGGCCUACAUCAUGGUAGCGAAGAAGCUGCGUGUCCAAGCUGCUCGCAUCGCCAGAAAUUGUCAUAUAAAUGGUAUUCGGACAUCGAUUGGUGGGAAGACCAAUAAUCAUGGACGAAAUGUCAGUCUACUUCAGCCUGCUAGCGAUGUGCUGUCUUCGUGUUCUCCCCCUGAGAGACGUUUUUCAGGAAAUUGUAAGGAGAGUAAUGUCCAUGUUAAACAGGAGCUCGUUCCACUGUCUGUCGAUCCUCCUGCAUGCAACAAAAAGGAAAUGAAACGUCUGGUACGAACAACCAAGAUAAUGAAAAUGCUGGUGACUGUAGUUGCGUUUUACGCCAUAUGUCUGCUUCCAAAUCAGGUGGUGUGGCUGUGGUACGAGUUUGGUACUGCGGAAACAUGGCCUCAUUUUCAGACAUUUCUCACAUUUGGAAGCAUCAUGGUUUAUGUAAACAGCUGUGUGAACCCAUUACUUUACGCCGGUAUGAAUGAAGACUUCAGAAAAGGGUUUACAAAAUUACUUGUCUGCAAAUGGAAGAAUUUUGGUAACGCAUUUGUUUAA